UAGAAAAUUAUAUCCAACAUCAAUUAAAUGGACAUCUUAAUGAAGAAAAAACAGCUAUGUUUGCUUAUCAGAUACUUGAAGGCCUUGAACAUCUUCAUAGCCUUAAUAUAACACACGGAAAACUUACAGCUACAAAUAUUUUGAUGCAAAAUGAAUCCAACAUACAACUAUCGGACUUUGGAGUAAAACUACUUCAAGAAAGACUAAAGCAAUGCUCAGAAAUUUCUUUUUGCAUGGCGCCUGAAAUCGAAAGGGGUAGGCCGUAUACGGACAAAGUUGAUAUAUGGGAUCUUGGCUGCACAGUUAUUCAGAUGAUCAGUGGGAAACUGCCGAAUUAUAAACAGCAACAGUUCGAAACCUGUCGACAGCAACGAAGUAGAAUAUCUUUCCUUAAAAAUGUUUCCGCUGGUCUACGACAGUUUCUUGAUUUAGCCUGUGAAGAAAAUGAAAUGGAAAGACCAUCCGCCUGUGAACUAAUGGCUCAUGAUCUUUUUAAAGGUAAUUUCAUUUUAUAAUAAAAAUUGAGAAACAAAAAAAAAACCUUAAUGGAGAGUCAUGUAUUAGCAUGUUAAACAGAAAAUUUAGUUAUUCAAAGAAAAGUACCGAGAGAUUGCGCAUUAAAAAUUAGUAAAGUAUUUAACCCAGAUUCAAACUCGUGACUUUCGAAAUAGCAUCCUAGCGCUCUAUAACUUAGGCCACACCAUUCAAUAGUAUAGCUUUAGAAUACAAUAAAUAUAAGUACAAUCGUUUUAUAUUUAAUUACACAU